ACCAGCCAAAAGGGAAGUAUACUGACGACGAAAGUGGAUAAUGGAUAAGUCGAUUGAAUCAAAUGAUCCGUAUAAGUUAUUAACUGAGGGUAUUAAUAAAAUGAGUGAUCCAUUGAAUCGUUUACUUGAGACUCAUAGUGAAUUCUUAGUACAGAACUUAAAUAUCAUGAAUAAUACUUCAACUAUCCCAAAAGUUACAGAGACAAUUGAAACUAGUUUGAAAGAGAAAGAGAAGAAGUAAGUAAUUGAAUUGAAGUAAUCUUUACAGGAAAGAAGUGAAAGCAUGGAAAUCACCUAUUUGUGUCCAUAUCAGAAUCAGACUCAACAUCAAGACAUACAUCAAGGAUAGCCACUAAAGAACCACGAAUGAAAUAUUACUCCGUAAGUUAUGUAAAUAGCAAGAAGAGUCAAGCAAGAGAGUCUACAGUCCAAGGCUGGCUUUGCCAGUAUCAUUUAAACUGGUCUGACUGGAAUCAGAAUCAAUGGACAUCUAAGCUAUGAUAGAAUACGUCCAAUAUCACCAUUCAAAGUAUCAAAUGCUGGUCAUACACCGUCACUUACAAUAACUUCCAUCAACGUAUAAUAUCUUCUAUAUAAGUUUAGUAGAUCAUACAGUUAAAUAUACAUAGCCUUUUCCCCCAUAUUUAAAUCUAU